CUAUUCGCGGAUGUGGUGCCGCGUACAGCGGAGAACUUCAGAGCGCUUUGCACGGGGGAGAUGGGAGAGGGCAAGUUCACGCGCAAGCCGCUCCAUUUCAAGGGCACCGUCUUCCACCGCGUCAUCCCGGGCUUCAUGGCGCAGGGCGGCGAUUUCAGCAACAAGGACGGCACGGGAGGAGAGAGCAUUUAUGGCGGCAAGUUUGCAGACGAGAGCUUCAAGCUGCCGCACGCGGCGGCGGGAACUCUGUCCAUGGCGAACGCGGGCCCCAACACGAACGGCAGCCAGUUCUUCCUCACCUUCAAGGCCACCCCGCACCUUGAUGGCAAGCACGUGGUGUUCGGGCAAGUGGUGGAGGGGAUGGAGGUGGUGCGAGCUAUAGAGAGCCAGCCCAUGGGAGACAGGGACCGCCCCGUCUUCCCCAUCAAAAUCACCAAGUGCGGCCAGCUGCCUGCUGCUGCUGCUGGCGGCGAAAAGAGUGGGAAGAGCGGGAAGAAGGCGCGCGGAGAGGAGAAGGAGAAAGUGGAGGAGGGGGACGAGGAGGAUGAUGAGGGUGGGAAGGGAGGGAAGGGCGGGAAGAGCGGGAAAGGGGAGGAGAAAGGGAAGGAGGAGAAAGGGAAGAAGCGGCGGCGGGGGGAGAGUUCUGAGGAAGUGAGUGAGGAGGAGGAGGAGGAGGAGGAUGAGGAGGAGGAAGAGGAGGAGAAGGGACGUAGCAAGGGAAAGAAGAAGAAGAGUGGUGGGAAGGGAGGUGGCAGUAAGGGGAAGGGUAAGAAGGCGAAGAAGGGAAAACAAGGGACGAAGAAGAAGCGUGGGAAGGACGGUGGGAAGCGUGGGAGUAAGAGGAGGAGAAAGGAUGAGUCUAGCAGUGACGACAGUAGCGAGAGUGACUCUGACGAGUCGUCUUCUUCUGAUUCCGAUGCUAGUUCGGACUCCCAAACCAGCUCGUCAGGCUCGGAAGGCUCUAAGUACUCGGACGAGGAGGAGUCAGACAGUGGUGCAUCCAGAUCGUCUAGCGAGAGCAGCAGCAGCAGUGAGGACGAGGAGGAAGAAGAGAAGCCACCUCGCAAGGACAAGGGAAAGGGCCACGGGGUCAAAAAGGCUGAGCAGGAGUCGGGAAAGCGAGACGGGAAGGAGAAGGGUGAUAAGGGAAAGAGCAGUCAGAAGAAUCGAGCAGAGAGGAAGGAGAGCAGUGGCGGGCGCAAACCCCAGGCACAAGAGAUAGAGGCAGAGCGUGAGGCAGAGCGUGAGGAGGAAGGUGGGAAAAGGAAGGGCAGAAAGCACUUGGGGAAGGUCGAUGCAGACACAAGGGAGGACGGAGUGGGUGAUGGGGGGGAUGAUGGAAAGGCAGAGGCGAGGAGAGAGGAGGCGGGUAGCGAUAGCGACAAGCCAAGAGGGAGAGCUGGGAGAGAGGAUCAGGAGACUGCUGUUGAGAAGAAGGCAAAGAGGAAGGGGAGUGACAGGAUGAAAGGGGAUGAUGGUGGCAGGGGUGAUGAUGUUGUGGAGAAAGAGAUUCUGGAGGAGGGUGGAGCGGAGCAGGAAGGAGGUGUGGUGGAAGAGAGGCGUGUAAAGAUGAGGGUUGAGGGAGGAGGCACGGGGAGGCGGGGAUUUGGUCGAGGGAACGCUGAGGAUAACGAGGAGGAGGAGGAGAAGAAGGAGAAGAAGGGGGAGGACCAGGUGGAGGAAGAGGAUUGGGGUGGGGAUGUGGAUAGGAUGGCAGUGGAGAUAGACAGGGGCGUGGAUGGAGGAGGAGGAGGAGGAGGAGGACAGGGAGGUAAGGCGAGGGAGAGAGAUGGCGCAAGCAGAGGGAGGUUGCUGAAGAGAAGCAGCGGCGGCACAAGAAGCAGGUCACCUUCCCGCUCUCCCCGCCGCUCCCUCUCUCCCAAGAAAUACCGCUCCCCUCCUCGCUCGCGCUCGCCUUCCCGCUCCCCGACCCCGCCUCCUGCACGCAAGCGCGCUGCUGGGACAGCAGGUGGUGAUUCCGCUGCUGCUGCUGCUGCUGCUGCUGCUGCUGCUUAUGGUGGUGAAGCUGGGGGUGGUGGAGGUCCGUUGCGGGUGCGCAAGGGCAGGGGGUUCUCCCAACAGUUUGCCUUUGCUCGCAAGUACCGCACUCCCUCUCCCUCUCCUGAGCCGCUCCCGCCUGCAAGGUUCAGAGGCAGGGGCUAUGGAGGCGGGUAUGGGGAGGGCGGCAGGGGGAGGCUUUAUGGCCGCAGCGAGUAUGACGAGCCCAGGGGAGGGGGUGGUAGUGGAUGGGGCAGUGGAGGGGGGCGGUACCGGGACCGCAGUGACAGCCCUCCUCCCCGCAGGAGGAGCCCUGAUUGGUCGAGAAGCCCCCCGAGAAGGAGGGGGCAGGGACGGGGCAGGUACCGGUCUCCUUCCAGCCGCAGCACCUCCUACAGUCGUAGCCGCAGCCGCAGCCGCAGCCGCAGCCGAAGCUACACUCCUCCCCGUGCUCGCACCACUACACGUGCCCGCUCCCCCGGCCUCUCUCGAUCCCCCCCUCCCCGUCGCUCUGCCCGUGACAAACUCACCACUCGCGAUGCCAGCCCCCUCAGGGGAGCAGCAGAGACUGCUGUUGGUGGUGGUGGAGGUCUGACCACUGUGAGGCGGACACGUGGCACUGCAGGAUUGGAUGGGGAUCAGGGAGGAGGUGGUGGUGGCAGGGCAGGCGAGGGGUCGAGCCUUAACGGCACAGGGGUGGCAGGAGCAGCAGCAGGAGCAGCAGCAGGAGCAGGAGGAGGAGAUGGUGGAGUGGGGACAGUAGCUUCCCUGUCUCCUGUGGGAAUGAGGUCUCCCAAGGAGACCAGUGGAGGUGGUUUUGGUUCAGGGAAUGCUGCUGAUGCAGGUGCUGCUGGUGCUGAUGGUGCUGAUGGUGAGCGUCCAGUGCGACUGGGUGGCAGGGAGGGCAGGUUGAGGAGGCAGCGGGAGGAUGAUGAUGAGGAUGAGAGUGAUUGA